GACAGUGUACCGAAAGCCGCGUCACGGGGUGGAUUUCUGACGUAUAUAGUGAAGGACGCACACAGACACCGAUCGGGUUCCGUGUAUCGCGUUCUCCGUGUCCUGUAACAUACGAGCAAAACCGCGGUGCUGUAUAUGAGCUGGCCGGCGAGUGCUCGCUGAGAACGGGCGAGAAAGGUGUCCACUGCCCACAAAUUUUGCAGUGCUCAGUGUAGGGAGUACGACUGAAUCUCACCACGGCUGAUCCUGUACGGAAAUGCUAAAUGCCACCGAACCAUUUGCCAGUCGUGUCGGUUGCCGUAUUUGCGUUCGCUGUGGCCGCGUCGUUGCUGUCAUCGGCGCCGAGUGCGGCACGGGCAGGUUUCGCUUGCUUGAGCAGCCCUUGCGCGCAUGGCGUGUGCGUUGACCAGCUCAACAGUACAUACACAUGUUAUUGCAUUGAUGGCUAUACGGGUAUCCGGUGUCAGACCAACUGGGACGAAUGCUGGUCUUCACCUUGUCUCAAUGGAGGACUGUGUAUCGAUGGUAUAGCUGAUUACAACUGUUCGUGUCCCGAAGGCUAUGCAGGACACGAUUGUGAACUCAACGUUAACGAAUGCCUAUCAAAUCCGUGCCAAAAUAACGGAACUUGUAUGGAUUUCACCAAUGGAUUCACGUGCCAAUGUCCUGCCGGCUACACUGGGACGAGUUGUGAAAUCGACUUGGCUGUGUGCAAUUCAACUGGAGAAAUACUAUGCAAAAACGGCGGCGAGUGCAUCGAAGGACCCGGUGUGUCAUUUUCGUGUAACUGCUCGCCAGGAUGGAAUGGGUGGACUUGCGAGGACGAAAUCGAUCAGUGUGACUCUCGUCCGUGCAAGAACGGCGGCGUGUGCAUCAACAGGCAGACAGCGUAUUCGUGUGCCUGUCUUUUUGGUUAUACGGGCCGCGACUGUGACGUGGCACUUCGUUUGUGCGAAGAACACGAGUGCCAAAAUCACGCGCUUUGCUUAAUCGAGGACCAGACGUCGGUUUGUUACUGUGUCCCGGACUACCACGGGAAGUUUUGCCAAUAUCAAUACGACGAGUGCCAACUAGGAAUAAGGUGUGACAACGGAGGGACAUGUGUGGACGGCGUGGACGGUUACACUUGCACGUGUCCGAAAGGCCUGACCGGCCAGUCAUGCGAGUGCGCGUUCCUAGACGACCACAUGGCUAACUGCACCGGAAUCGUGGUGCCGUAUUACACGACCAGCGGAGCCGAGGAAACAACCGCCGCCGCAGCCGUAACAAUCACCGCUCCGGCGUCCACCCAGGUGGACGGCGAAUAUCCACUGACGUUCGAGACCACGUUUGGAACAACGACGUCACCGUCAGACGGCACCGGUUACUUCAGUAUAUUCGUGACCGCGACCACACCUGCGGCCGACCGACGGCCAGCGGUCACAUCCACCGAACUGGCACCCGAGCUGCAGCCGUAUACCAUCUACACGGACGCGGACGCGGGCGACGACGACGCGUACGACACGACCGUGACACAGUUUGCUGACACGACCCGACCAGCGACGUCGCCCGACGGUAUCCCCGACCUGGACACCGUAACCGCUGACUAUGACGGUGCGACCAACAGUUACGAAUACGACGCGCCCACAAACACGGCCAACCGGAGAUCAACCACCACGGCCGCUGCGGCGGUGGCCAGUCGACCGGCCACCAGCGUCUUAACGGACGCAACGAGUGCCGCCGUGGAUAGAGCAAAGUCGAUGACCACCACCACCGCCACCGCACAAGUCUCCAGAUCGACGAUCAGUUAUCGACAAUCCGUCGCCACCGACCGAGACGCCAGUACGUCGUUCACCGCGUUCUACGACGAAAUGUCCACAGACUUCGAUUACAACUUCACUAGCUUCGCGGUACCAGUAACCGAUCGUGGUCCGAGUGCCGUGGAUCGGAGUUGUGCUAAUGUUUUGUGCUUGAACGGCGGGCAGUGCGAAAAAUCAAAAACUGGACACAAGUGCAAAUGUACGUUUGGAUGGAAAGGUGAAAUAUGCGGUGAGAAAAUCGAUAUCAAGGUGUCUGCGUUCACAGGACAAUCGUUCCUUAGCCAUAGACUCUCGAACCGUUCUGGUGCCGAGAUAUCAAUGGAAAUACGAACCCUGGCGCCAAAUGGAAUUUUAUUUUACGCACAAGUCACCACGCACAUGUACAUGUGUCUUUAUUUACAGGAUGGUUUGUUAAAGUUUCAAUUCUCGUGUGGAGUGCAAACGAUGUUGUUCAGCGAAACCAGAUACAGGGUGAAUACGGGUCAUCGCCUAUUACUGACAGCCGCAUUGGAGCACGCCAUGUCACAUUCCAUGUCCGACCACUGCAAGGCGUCACUUAGGGUCAACGAAACGCUGGCCAUGAGCGGAGAACAGGCGGCGGACACGGCACCGGAGAAGGUGAAAAAAGUGGCGCUGUUAUAUUUGGGAGGUCUUCCGGCCGGUCAAAAUGCCACGGCCGAACUUCCGGUCGCAGUAGGAAUCACUGGUUGCAUAUCACGCCUACAAAUUGACGAAGUCGUUCACAAUGUAUACCAAAACGCCACCGACGGGUAUGGCGUGAUCGAAUGCGCUUCGCUGACAUGCUUGUCCAGCCCCUGUCAGAGUUAUGCCACAUGCGUAGAGUUCGGAGACUCGUGGAACUGCCUUUGUCCUUCAGGGUUUGUCGGGAAGAAUUGCGAGCGGUCAGUGUGCGAAAACAACCCAUGCAAAUUUGGCGCCACGUGUGUAAUUUACCCCGGAAGUGGAUUCAUUUGUUUGUGCCCACUCGGAAAACAUGGAAUGUAUUGUGAGCAUGAUCUCGAGAUUGGAGAACCAUUUUUCCCAGGCAGCGUCAGUGGGCUCUCGUCGUUUGCCGCAUACUCCAUACCGGCCGAAAUCCAUCAAAGUUUCGAGCUAUCGAUGCAUUUCGUGCCAAAUUUUAUGGACCAAAUUGCUCUGAUGAUGUACAUAGGUCACGACUCGUCCACCGAUCACGUAGCUCUGAGUUUUAUCAAGGGAUACAUUGUACUGACGUGGAAUCUCGGGGCCGGUGCCAGAAGGAUUUUCACACCGAAACCGAUAAACUUUCAGCCGAAAAGGGCGCACAUCGUGAAAUUGGGCCGAGAUGGAAAAACCGCAUGGCUCAUGGUGGACAACUUCCCGAACGUUACCGGUCAAUCUAUCGGCCGCCUCUCUCAACUUAACACCAAACCCGUCCUAUACCUAGGCGGCCACGAGUCUCCUGGAAUGGCUGACUUGCCACACGACUUGCCUCUGCACACUGGAUUCGUUGGCUGCAUGAGUGAGGUGAAGCUGAAGGCUGGCCACGUGACUGUCCCAUUGAGCCUGUCGCGAGCAUAUUCCACAGUAAACACCGGCAGAUCCGUGUCCCAGUGUUCGACUAAUGAGUGCUAUCGAAACAACAUAUGUCAACACAAUGGUGCAUGCAUUCAACAUGGUUCUUCAUUGGCGUGCGUGUGCGACGAUGGGUGGUACGGUCCGGUGUGCUCGCACCGGUACAACGCUUGUGACGCAAACCGGCACAACUGUUCGGACGGGUCGACGUGCGUGCCGGUGGGUGCGGGAUACGAGUGCGACUGUCCGGCUGGCCGGGCCGGCAAACACUGUGGCCGGGAGGAGAGGCUGUCCGACGUCCGGUUCCUGGGCAAGCGGUCAUUCCUGUCCGUGUCCGCGGCUGCGGAUCUCAACAUGCAGCAGUUCAGUGUCGAGCUCGAGAUCAAACCGUCCGGCGAACACGGCAUCGUGUUUUUCGUCAGACACGACGCGGCACGUAAGAAGUUCAUGUGCCUGUCACUGUACGGCGGCGUGCUGGAAUUGAGGAUCUCCGUCCGAGUUGGCGAAACGCGACGUCAAGACGACGUGCUGGUGGUCCGCAGCGGCCGAGUGUUGACGCUGUCGGAAUGGCAUAGCGUAAGAGUGGGCCGGUAUCGCCGCAAGCUGUACCUGUGGGUCGACGGGAUGGUCAACUACGCCGUCCUGCAGCCGUCUGAGGGCAUUUCGAACUUUGACAAUCUCAUUUACUUCGGAGGUUUGCCAGAUCUGUCUCGCAUGCCACCCGGCUCCACGGCUGGACUUCCGGUUCCAUUUGCCGGAUGCAUACGCAGACUGUCGAUCGACUACGAGACGAUAACACUCAAUUAUUCGUCGAUCACCGCUGGUAGGAACAUUGCCGAUUGCGACGGGACACCGUGCGGCGGCGACUUGUGCCACCAUGGCGGAAGCUGUUGGUUGGACAUGGACAUGAAACCACACUGCCAUUGCCUUCAGGAGUUCACCGGAGACUCGUGUAACAAGAAAGCGCCUUGUACCGAAUUCAAGUGCCAGAACAAAGGCCACUGCGUAAGUGAAAGCGGCAAUACGUCGUUCGUGUGCAAAUGCCCUCCAGGCUGGGACGGUCCGUUCUGUACAAAAGAGCUUCCAACUGGUCCACCACUAUUCAAAGGACAUGGGUAUUUAAUUCUUAGCAAACUGUCUUCCCUUACUAAAAGAGAAGGUAACGACGAGGCGACCAUGGAUAACGAAACACAAUUCAUAAGUUUAAACUUUUCAACGGUACAUGACAACGGAUUGUUAAUUUGGACAUCACAGGAAGAGUGGUACAUGGGUUUAGGAAUAAUUAAUGGAUCAUUGACAGUAACAUUUGCGCAGAAUUAUAAAAGACCCAAUAAACUGACAGCACCGAAAUCUAACAUAACCAAUAGUGAAUGGCAUACGGUGAGGUUGAAUGUCACAAAAUCAGAUAUAACAUUAGAAUUAGAUGAUUGGAUAUCAGAUCCAUAUCACCACAAUAUAGAUUCGUUCAAUUUGAAUGAUAACAUAAUUUAUCUAGGAGGAGUUCCAGAAGAGAAAUUCUUCUUAAAUGAUAGACAAGAGUUAUUUAAAAGCAAUUUUCGAGGAUGCAUCGAACAACUGACUGUUCAAGAAAAUGUUAUAACUGAUUUCAAACACUAUGAGAGCGUAAAUGUAGAUGUGUGUGAUACAUGGUGAAAUAAUGUCAGUUACAUAAAUGUGAGCAAAAUAAUCAACUCCAAAGAAUUCAAUUUCAAUCAGUCAAUCAAUAUACUUAUGUUUAUUAUUAA